AUGGCACCCAUGUCCCCCAUCGAAGCCUCUCCCCGAAAGCGCAUCCGAAGUUCUACCCGUCCAUCCGGUCGGCGGAUCCACGCCCCCGACUCUGCCUCAGGCAAGAAGCUUAAGUACAUCCCCGGAGGACCUGGAGGUGGAGGGCGGUACGUCGACGAGAUAACGGGACACGAGACCCCAGUGGGCGGGACUGGCCCCGGCGGGUUCCUGUAUACCGGACCUCGUGGCGCUGUUGGUCAGCGGAACCGCGAGAGAGGCAUCGUCAUGCCCACAGCUACUUCACCCAGCGCAACACCUACAAACAUACGGCCCCGUCGCGAUAGAGCCCCAAGACCGCCAGCGGGACAAGGACCACGAUCGACGUCAGCUACAGCAUCUGCCGCUGCUGUUGCACAAGGCGAGGGCUUCAAGCCUCGGGAAGAACGUAGUUGGGAUGAGUUCCAUCCGGAACUGGAGGUCGAUUCCGACUUUGCCAUUUUCAGCGCAGAUGAAGUGGAUGGCAUAAGUCCCCCGGAAACAAAAACUUCGACACCAACCAAUGGAUUGGGCCAAUACGCCGUGGAGAAUGGUGCGUCAACACUGCUUGAUGAGGCAGUACGCGCGCAUCAAGACACACCUUCCAUGGCCGCAGAAUCCCCUUCCUUUCCAGGCCUAGACAGCGACACCGUCACCGUCAAUGUGAAUAUCAAUGUUGCAAGCCUUAAUGGGAGUCUAGUCACCCCGGCAAAGCGAAGAGUUGGAAGGCCAUCGCGACGAACAGACGCCAUGCUUUAUGGACUUGGAUCUCCCCCUGUGCCAAGAAUCACCCCCGCGCCGACACGCGACCCAAAGGAACGGCUGAAUCUGCAGAAGCCUUCAUAUCGGCAAGUGGACCCUUUCGCAUUGUACGAACAAGACCAAUCCGUACAAGUGAACUACGUGGAUCGUGCUAUGGCGUCUGUCGGAUACCAAGAGAGCGAUUUCUUCUCCCGGUCUGAAAAACACUGCAUUCGAGUAGCAGAGGGUUCCAUCGAGGAAGAUCUAGACCUGGCCGUGAAGAGUGACGGUGACGGUGCAGCAGGCCACUUUCCAGUCAGUCGAGUUGAAUACGACAUGGAUGAACAGGAUGACCGCUGGCUGGACGGGUACAAUGUGCAGAGGAAAGACGAAGGUGUAGAGCCGAUCAAGCCUGCCAUCUUCGAGAUUACGAUCACUCAGAUUGAGAAGGAAUGGCAUGCGCUAGAAAAAAGAAUCCCCAAGCCCAAUCCAAAGCCUCCUCAAACCCACCGUCCACGAUCGAGCUCUGCAGCUGCGGUCAACGGAGAACCCGCCGGUCAAGGAGAGGAACAAGACACGAAAUGCGCCAUCUGCGAUGAUGGAGACUGCGAGAACACGAACGCCAUUGUGUUUUGUGAUGGUUGUGAUCUUGCAGUUCACCAGGAAUGCUACGGAGUGCCUUUCAUCCCAGAGGGCCAAUGGCUUUGCCGGAGAUGUCAACUGGUGGGCCGUGGGACGCCUGUUACAGAGCACCCUGGCUGCAUAUUCUGUCCGAACAUUGAAGGCGCAUUCAAACAAACAACGUCUAUGAAAUGGGCUCAUCUACUCUGCGCAAUCUGGAUUCCGGAAGUAUCGUUAGGCAACACCACCUUCAUGGAGCCCGUUCAAGAUGUCGAAAAAGUUCCUAGGAGCAGAUGGAAGCUGUCUUGCUAUCUCUGCAAACAGAAGAUGGGCGCUUGUGUCCAAUGUGGAAACAAAUCAUGCUACGAGGCUUUCCAUGUUACUUGCGCCAGGAGGGCUAGACUUUUCUUAAAGAUGAAAUCCUCGCAUGGCACUUCUGGCACCACGGACGCCAGCGUUCUCAAGGCAUUUUGCGACAAGCACUGCCCCCCAGAGUGGCGACGAGAGAACGACGUAGAGCGGGCAACUGCCAACGCAAAAGCGUUCUACCGCAACACUAUGAGGUAUGCACGCUGGGGUGACAGCCAGAUGAUCGCUCUACAGAUUGGCACAUCACAACCAGUUCCAUCUGUUGAAGGUGGCGACGACCUCGCAGACGACGGCACGGUAGGAAACAAGAGGAAACGAGGCCAAUCGACCAAGUCAUGGCGGCUUCCAUCUGGCGCUCCCGUCGUACCCCAGGCAGUGUAUCAUAACGUCGAGAACUCACUCAUCAGAUUCGGCAUUCGGAGACGCAAGGAGUACGUGGCCGAGGCAUGCAAGUACUGGACUCUGAAGCGGGAGGCUCGGCGAGGCGCUGCCCUGUUGAAGCGACUCCAACUUCAGAUGGAAGCCUUUUCAUCCAUGGAGAUCACCCGUCGUAAUUUUGCUGGUAUGGGUGCUGCUGGUCGACCAAGGUUGCAGCGACGUAUCGAGUUUGCAGAAAGCCUGGAGGACGACACAGAACAGACUCGCGUUCUCUGCAAUAUGGUCAAGGAACGAGAGGCCAUGAAAUUGGCCGACGCAAAGCUGCUCAAGGCUUUUGUGGACACAGUCUACUUCCCCAUACCUGUACUUCUUUGGCCAAUUCUUGAGAAGGCACAAGCUCUCGAUCCUAAGAACGUCUUCUUUGAAGGGUUCCAAUCCAUACAAACCAAAUUGGAAGAGCGAUUCUACACGUCAGUAUCGAACUUCACAGACGAUAUUCUGGCCGUUCUUAGCUCCGUCAUUGGGUUUGCCGCAAUCACAGAUCCGAAGAAUGCGCAUGACCAACUUAAUGGUGUUUCGCAUAGCUCUCUAACUCCAGAACAGAAAGAGCUGAAGAAGCUCGCUAAGCGAAUCAUUAAAGCUAUUCAAGGACAGCUAGACGAUGCAGCCAUGAAGGAAUCCCACUUAGUAGGCAAGCCAUUCGAGAAAGACCUCCCCAAUCUCGAAGCCCUUUUGGAUCAAUCUCUUCGCCGUCAACAAGCCAUCGCUGCAUCUAAUGUCGAGGCAGCCGCAUCUAACACAGCAAACCGCAUCAACGAAGAGGAGCUUGGAGGUGCUGGGAACACGGAUGCAAACGGAGAUACCGUUAUGGUCAAUGGCAUCAACGGCCACGCUCACACUCCCGACGCAGAAGCUGAUGACGUUGACGCCAUGGCAGACGAAGACGCGGACGACAAGGCCAUCAGGCUGCAAGUUGAAGGAGAGGCUCUCAACGUGGCAAACGCAGACAGGCAACUUGAGCAAGUCACUAGCAAUAGUGCCGGCGGAGAUGCUCCUGCGCUCUCGCAUUUUGGCAGCACCCACCCGUCGACCUUGAAUCCCGAACCGUUGACGCCUCCACGCUCCGAGAGGGAUUUGCUUGCGCACCUCUCUCAUGGCGGCAUUCCAUGGUAUAUGGAGCCAUUCGACCCUAAAGGAACGACAAUCCACGAGGAGCGUUGGACUGGCCGCGACGUUCUCCGUGACAUGAGCGUGGAGUUGAGCGAGCUUGGUGACGCAGAGCUGGACGAGCUCGCAGAUCCUGAUGAACAGAUGCAGGUGGACAAGACCGUGCCCGAGGCGGUUCAGAAGUCGGCCAAGAAAAAGAAGAACAACCGGUGGAAGGGCUAUAGAUAA